AUGGUUCGCGUGACGGACGACUUGGCGCUUUCGCCCGACGCCCUUUCGUUAUAUCAUGCCUCCGAUCCGCUGCUCGGCCACCUCCCCGUCCUCAUAUUCCACGGACCCUCGACUACGGCGAAUUAUACUCUCAAUGCCUCUCGCGUCCAAAUACACAUCUUGUCUCCUGCCGGCUUUCAGUCCUUUCCCAGGAUAACCAUCUCCCCGAGCUCUCCCUUUUACGGUGUUGUCGAUCAUCUGCCUCGAGAGAUUCAAGUCGACGAGAUAUUCCGCGGCUUGGCAUUUGGACUGUUUAAAUACUUCUCAGAGCUACCGGAUGGAGUCAAGACUUACCUCAAGAACUUGUAUCCAACAAGAGGGAGGCGCCCUGGAAGCGCUCCCGCUCUCUUUGGCCAGCAACAUGCCGCCGAUCUCGUCAAGUCUAUGGUCAAGAGCGACAAUGCUGCGGAAGCGAUCGCCUCCCUUCAAGAUGCGCUGCAGACGCAACAUAUUAGCAACGUUGACCUCGAUCUUGUUCUUCCUCCAGGCGCUAUCGUGCCUUUGCAACCAGCCGACUUGGAAGAUGUCCCCGAUGACGAGGACGAUAUAUUAGACCCGACACUGAGGCAAUAUGGUGGGUAUACUCCUCUUGUCAGGCUGUUCGGCGAGCCCAUGUUUCUGCCAACAAGUAGACUACGACGCGCGCCAUCGAAACCCACAUCGCUAAAUCGAGGGCGGUCAUUCAACAAGGACCAGAAGUACGAACUACGCAUGAAACUAGCCGAGUUGGUCGACACAGAGGAAAGAUAUGUAAUGAAACUUCGCGAAUUGGUAAACACUGUCGCGAAGGACUUCCGGGAAAGUGCCAAGAAGAAGCCAGGGGGUAGCCUGAGCCCUUCAGAGGAGGAGCUGGAGAAACUCUUCCCUCCAUCAGCAGAUCAGAUAUUGCAGCUCAACGCCGAGUUUAUGGAACAGCUUCGCGCCAUCAUGGAUGAAACGGAGGAUGAGGCGCUCAAAGACAUGGACCAAAUGGCGUCAACUUUUGGCAGUAUAAAGAGCCCUGGCUCGGCUCGUGCCAAGGAUCCCAGUGGUGCUUUGAGCAUGGCCAGGCUGUUUCUUGAAUGGUUUCCAAAAUUCACCCAAAGCUACCAAAACUACAUCAAAGCAAGCCAACAUUUCCCGACCUUACUCAACUCUUUUCUUGACCAACAGUCUAGCUUUAGACAGCGAGUGAACCAAACUGGAGAGCAGACUGUCAGGUCCAUCCUUAUCGAACCCGUUCAGCGAUUGCCUCGUUACAGCCUGCUCAUUGACCAAAUAGUAGGCUCACUGCCAAUGACACAUCCAGCUCUUCAACCCAUGCUGAAGGCUAGGGAUAUCAUCACUAAUAUUUGUUCCAUGGACGACCCUUUACCGGACCAGCCUCAUAUUGCCAACAGACUUCGAAAUAUGGUUGAAUCAUGGCCAAGAGACUUGGAACCGCAAGGACGACUCAUAGUUGCUGCCGACUUCAUCGAGCUUACCCCUCCAUUCCAAGGUGGAACAGGCGAGCUGGACGGCUCCGGGAUCUUUCUUUUAUUCACCGAUUGUGUCAUCAUGUUGAGGAAGAUUGGGUUCACUAUGACAGGGCGCGAUUUGUUGCGGGAGAUUGACAAGCCCUCAGCUGCCGAGCUCCUCAUUUCGAUGACGAAUGCUGCAGGUGGUCCGUCGUCAUACGAAUUUGCUUUUACUGGAUGGCAUGACCUUGCCGAUGUGCGCUUCACAGAGUCGGUAGAUGGCUCAUUGGUGUGGAUGACUUCGACCAAAGAUAUGAAGGAUGCACACACCGGAGAGUACAAAAUCAGCAAGGCGGCUACAUCUCGAUGUUUUCUACUUCAAGAGGCUUUCGAAGGCAAGGCGAUCAAAUGGGGCGAGGAUGUUGUCAAGGCACGAAUUGAGGCACGGUUCUCGGAAGCUGAACGAGAAGACCCCUGUUGGACGCUGCGAUCAGUUCGGAUGCAGGAUAGUAACCUGGGCCUGCAUGUAGCUGUCUUUCAAGAAGGCGCUCACCAACUAGUCGAGGGCCGACGAGAGCCUGCGCCCAUUCGAAUAGUGGUGGAUCACGAGAAAGGCACAAAGGGAGCGCCUCUCGGCCAUUACGGAGUCGAAAUUGUCAUCAACGUGUCCAGCAACAACCUCAAGCGCGUUUCAAUGUUGACUGCUGGCCUCAAUGGGAAACAAUUUCAAGACGAUAUUGAUCUGGAGGACUUACUACCCACCAUGUCGCGUCGUAUUAUCCAGCUUCUCAGCACACAAUUCAACGUUAGCAAUACACAUUUGACCGCGUCUAUGGUGUCAUACUAUACCAAGACGAUAAGAGGGCUGAACUUUUCUACGAGAGCCGAGAAAACUCGAUCGUUCCUAGCGGCCUCUCCUGUGAAGCUCCUCUCCAGCCUUUGGAACAGCGGCUCAAAUAACACAAGCUCGCCAGAUGUGGUCGUAUCUGGUGUCAAACCCCAACAACAGCCCUCGCUUCAUCGAGCUAAUAGUAUUCACUCCAUGUUUGGCUCAAUAAGGGGAAAGGACAGCCGUCCCAACACGGCUGACGGUAGACCGGAAAAUCCUUUGCUGAGGCUGGAGCAAACCUUCACUGGCUUUACUGCCGCUCUUCAAUCUCGAAAAGGUACCAUCAUCGGCCGCACGUUACUGAACCGAUCACUCGUCGACGAAUUAGCCGUCAACGACAUAUAUAACAGAUUCAUUGAAACUCCCUUUGAAUACGACGUUGCCUCCGACAUAGGCACCGAGGUCAUAUUCGUUGCCUUCGAAAAGUUUUUGCACAUUGCUUGGGCAGACCAGAUGGGACCAGUCAUGACGAUGCAAGCCAUGGAUACACUACUUGAGAGAGCAAAUAGGCGAGUUCCUGGCAACUUUGCAGACUUUGUGAAUUAUUUAUUCCGCGACAUGGCACCGCAGAAUCGACGGGCAUUUAUCACAGUCAUCAAGCUGUUGGCUGACCUGUUGGAUGGAUGUGGCAAUGACAGUGACCGAGGUGCAUUGACGCUGGCAUUUGCUGAGCUUCUAGUUACGGAUGGUGAUGCACAUAAUUACAUCAACUUGCUAGAUCGACUUGUUGAGGAUUGCGACAGGAUUUUUGAAGACCAGAGUGCAAACCAAAGCUUCAACUUUGGUUCGUCCAUAUCGGAAUCUAUUGCAUCUAGCUACCGGCAAGGCAAAACUCACUCUGGCUCAAUCACAUCUAAUGCGUCGUCACUUCGUCGCAAGUUUGGGCUCAAUGCUCUUCUUCGACAGAAUUCACAGGAUGAGCGACCAUCAGUAUGGCGAACCUUGAGCAAGCACAGGAAUCCCGCUACGGGCGACACCUCGAGCUUGACACGCGGCACCUUAGACAGAGCACGCUCAAUAGAUGACAACAGUCUACCAAAACGGCUGCACCGGCGUGCAAUGUCCCGAGACAGGCCCCCCAUUGCAGGCGCGUUCGAUGAGACACCGCAACGCCCGACGAGUUCGCACCGUCUUGACUUUCCACUCGAUACCAUUGGCGAGCCACAUUCGAUCGAUCGCGUGCCUUCAUCUAAAAGUGUGAAGAAGAAGAGACGAAGCUCACUAUCAGACCUCAAGAGUUUAAUGGCGGCGGCGAGUCUCGACGACGAGCCACUCCAGCCACUGCAAACCACCAAGCAAACAUCCGGCAAAGUCAACAACAACCCUGCCAGCCCAAAGUCACCAGCUCCGUCCAAGAUCCCCAUCAGUCCCAGCGCCGCCGAAGCUUUACGCGCCUCCAGGCAGAAGGAAAAAGAAAACGUUGCAGAUUCUACCAAGGUCGCCGUCAACAACGCAUCCGAUCGGUCCGGCGGAAAUUCCUCCAAACCAUUGGAAUCUCCCACAAAAAUCUCACGCCAUACCAAAGCCUUCUCAAUAUCUAGUAUUCCCACAUUAAGACCUACGAAGUCCGCAUCUGGCGCCGAAUCACCCACCAGACCCGCCAGUCCAACUCGGUCCAACGCCCAACGCCUUCGGCUCCACUCGCCGCAAAAGCUUAGAGAGCGCCUGCAGUCUGAGAAGCAGUUCGCUCAGGAAGUGGAUUCCUCUCUCAAGAGCGAAUUAUCCAAGAUUGGAGACGAAAUGGCCCAUUUCAAUAAUGCUAGAUCACCUAGUUCUCAGGCAGACAUGUCUGGUUUUACAGCGUCCUUAAAGGAGCUUGAGAAUCGAAUUGCAGUCAUGAUGAAAGAAUUACACGAUCAGCAAGCUACAACACAAAGAGAACUAGAUGUCACGAUGAAGAAUACAGAGGCAAAGGUCCGCGCAAUAGACCAGCUUCACAAAGAAGUUGUGGCGGAGAACGAGUUACUCUACGAAAAGUUCAACGGGGAGUUGGGCAGAAUUAUUAAAGCCGUCAAAGGCAAGGGCAGAGACGACAAGGAGGAGUUGGUGACAAAACUCAAGGAGCAAGGGGAAGAGACGUCGAAGACGAAGAAGGAGAAUGCUCGCCUUAAGAGAGAAUUGGCGAGCCUGAAAGCCAUGUUGAGAGGCGUAGACUAA